AUGCGCGCCCGCCUCCUUCUGGCGCUGCUCGCCCUAGCAGGCCAGGCUGCCGGCCUGCUUCGUGGCUCCGCGCAGGCCGAUGCGCACUCGGUGCAGGCGACAAAGGCAAUCGCCGCGCAGUCCACACGGCAUACACCCAGGCGGCCAGAGUCCCUCGCUUCGAAAAUGGUGACUUUUCCCGAGAAGCAGAAGGCCAGCGACCCCUACCAAGUUGGCAACAUCACCUUCUCCAAGGACCUAGGGCCUCAGACACCAGAGCCGGAUGCGGGAGUGGGGUUGAAGCCUCUAUUUAUCAUCUUUGUGGCGGCGAUCUUCUUUGCCCUUUUGGUGGGAGUCUGUGUCAUCCUGCCGCCAGCUGAGCCUUCGCAUGUUACCUCUCGAGGGGUUCAGCAAACUGGUUACACUCGAUCGAGCAAACCAUGUGAUUCCAUUUUCCCUUCAAUUCAGGAAGCUGCGAUACGUUAA